GGAAGUUUAAAGAUUGCAGCAUUUUGGUAGGAGAGAUGACAAGUGUGUCAGGUGGAAUAAGCCUUGCUGCUAGCCCUAAGGCCGGGAGGUUUAAGCAGAUGCUGAACUGUGGAUAAACUGAGAGCGGGAGAAACUGCAUUUGGAGCUGGAGUACAGUGCUGACAUAUUAUUCAGUUACUGAGCUGAGCAGAAAAGUAAUGGCUUCAAAUUUUAAUGACAUUGUCAAGCAGGGAUAUGUGAAGAUUCGUAGCAGACGCUUAGGGAUUUACCAGAGAUGCUGGCUUGUGCUAAAGAAGGCAUCCAGCAAAGGCCCAAAACGACUGGAGAAGUUUUCAGAUGAACGAGCUGCAUAUUUCCGAUGUUAUCACAAGGUAACAGACCUCAGUAAUAUAAAGAAUGUGACAAGGCUACCAAAGGGCACUAAGAGGCACGCUGUACUCAUCAUUUUCAGUGAUGAUACUUCAAAAACCUUUGCAUGUGAGUCUGAGCUUGAGGCUGAAGAAUGGUGCAAACUCCUACGUAUGGAGUGUCUGGGAAGCAGAAUCAACGACAUCACCCUAGGGGAACCUGAUUUGCUGACAGCUGGUGUUCAGAGAGAGCAAACAGAGAGGUUCAAUGUAUAUUUAAUGCCUUCUCCUAAUCUGGAUGUACAUGGGGAAUGCACUUUGCAGAUAACAUAUGAGAACAUCUGCCUUUGGGACAUCCACAAUCCCAGACUAAAGCUGGUCUCGUGGCCUCUCAGUGCACUCAGACGAUAUGGACGGGACCCUACAUGGUUCACAUUUGAAGCUGGAAGAAUGUGUGACACAGGAGAAGGACUAUUCACCUUCCAGACGAGAGAAGGUGAGGCAAUUUACCAGAAAGUGCAUUCUGCGGCACUGGCCAUAGCAGAACAACAUGAGCAGAUGCUACAGAGGGAGAAAAAUUCACGGCAUCAGAUCAAAGGGAAUGAAAGAACAGCCUCAUUGGGCACAAUAAUGCCUCUUCCUCGGAGUGCCUACUGGCAACACAUUGCAAGACAACACAGUGUAAACCAGCUCCACAUUUUUGAAGAUGACUCAUAUCCACUGAGAAUUCCUCGUGCAGAAACCAUCCCCAGUUACAGCUCACAGCACUGACAAAAACUUCCAAAAGCUGGAACAUUUUCUAAUGGCUCUGCUUCGGACUGUGACACCAAACCUGCUCAAUGAAACAAGCAAGAGGAACGCUGAGCGAAAUGGACCGGGGUUUAAAUGAUAUUUGCAAUCCCUUUUCUUUUACAUAUUCACACUUCCUCUUCAAGAGUUGCAGUAACUCAAAGGGGAAGGAGGAUUGAACUAAAUGUACAGAAAGAAAGGUUUGCUUUUUCUAAAGGUUUGAGCUUGUGUUCCAAAAUGUACAGCAUCAUUUCCAACCAUGACAAUCAAGUAUUUUUGUUAAGCACUAAGAUUCAAGACUGUGUUGAUUUAGCAGCAGCAUCACAAAAUCGUUCUUUUGAUUAACAAUAAAUUCAUCACCUGCCAUUGAACCAUGGUACUGUACAGAUAUGUGGUUGGAUAUCUAGGUGCUGCUUACAGAGGAUACAAUUUUUCACUAACACGUGGAUUCAUUUUUAGGCUUUAGUAAGGUACAACUUAUAAUUUUGUGCAUUUCCAGGUUUGUCCGAAGUAUGCAAACUGCUCUGUAUUACAACGGUGUUGCUUUGGCGUCUGUUACCGAUUUUUUUUAAAGCACCACACAAUUAUCAAUCCAAAAAUGGAAAAUGAGGAACAAUCUCUGAGAUUCAAGAUUUUGCAAAGUGAAUGGAAAGCACAAGUAAGUUGUAGUAACAGAUAUUUCACAGCAUUUUAUGCAUUAGACCAUAAUCUUCAGUGGUUUUCAGAAAAUUGUUCUGGAUUUGGACUAUUUCUAUCAUUUAAUAUCUUUGCUUUCAGGCAUUAGUUGGUGGGUAUUUGUUAAGACAAGAUCUAGUGUGCUCAAUAAUUCAAAGUACUAGUGCCAGAAUAAGGGAAAUGAAUAUUCUAAAUGUGGCACCCAAAUUAACUGAGGUUACUGAACAUGGGGAACCAAGACCACAGAAUGCAAGAUUCAUUUGCUCUUAUAUAUUGGAUGUACCUUAAUUACAAUACAACUGAUGCAAUUUUUUGCUGGUAAUUUAACUUUCAAUUCCUUUCAGUUUUAGAUGUAUGAUGUUCUGGUAUGCUGGGAUAAAUACGUCAUACAUACGACAUGCAUACAUCAAAUACCAAACCCAGUUCUGAUAGUCACUCUUAUUCAAGCAUUAACCUUUCGGAUACCUGUGCUGCAUACUCAAAAUUUUUCAUUUUAAUUUCAGAUUUCCAGUAUUUAUAGUUAUUUCCUUUUAAGCACCAAGCAAUUCCAUUUGCUGUUCCUCUGGUCUCUCCUCUUGUCCUACAUGGAACAAACCUGUUCACAUUCCCCAUGGCCCCUCAUAAACACCAUACCAACCCAUGCCUAGCACUAUUCCUCAUGGCCCCUUAUAGC